AGCAACGGGGUUGGGGGGUGUUUCAGCAUCCAGCCACGGGUGGAGGGAGGACACAACGCCGGCAGCUGCUGGCAGGACACGAGUGUGCAGGCGCAGAGAGACAGAGAGAGAGACAGAGAGAGACAGACGGACAGACAGGGAAGCCAGAAGGACACAGGCAUGGCAGGGUGCGGGGGGCACCGGGCCCUGGUCGCCCUGGGGGAGCUGUGCGACCCCGGGCAGCUUCACGCUGCCCUGGCCGACGUGGAGAGCGGUCUUCGCUCGUGGGCCGUGGAUCCCGCUGUCUGUGAUCUUGAUCAGCAGCUCAAGCUUUUCAUCUCCCGACACUCGGCGCGCUCCUCAGCGCAGGUCAAAGGUGAGAAGACGCUGCAGCAUCGGAGCGAUGUCCUAGAGACGUCCGUGCUGCUCAACCCCUCGGAGAACACGCUCGUCGGCGAGGUGCGUGCCCUGCUUCUGUCUCCUGAGCACCACAAGCUGCUGCUGCUCGCCGGCGUGGGCCUAGAGGACACCGGCGACCUCGUGCUGCAGGACGGCUUUUUCUCCUGCCGACACCUCCUCAACAUCUGCACCGACGACGAGGUGCAGGAAUCCCUGAGCGCCGCCUUCCCCGGGCAGCGUGCGGAGCUCACACUGUGCUGCUCCGUCGCGGACAGCGCCUCCUGGGGCAGCCUCCCCUCUGACGGCGGAGUUGUCUCGUCCGCCCUGGCCGUCGCCGUGAACCCGCCGGCGCUGCUGCCGCCCGGCAUGGAGGGCGCGUGUGAGCUGAGCGAGUACCUGGCCGAGUCGUGGGAGACGCCGUCUCCGUUCGGCGUGCUCGAGGCGCCAGCGUCGGGCGGCUUCCUCAAGCUGUCACGCCCGUGCUGCUACGUGUUCCCCGGCGGGCGCGGGGACGCGGCGCUCUUCGCCAUCAACGGGUUCACGCUGCUCGUGGACGGAGGCUCGGAGCGCCGUGCCGGCUUCUGGAAGCUGGCACGCCACCUGGACCGGCUCGACGCCCUGCUGCUCACGCACAUCGGCGCCGACAACCUGCCGGGCGUGAACGCGCUGCUGGAGCGCAAGGUGGCGGAGGCGGAGGCGCAGGGCGGGGAGGGGGGCAGGCCGCCCGGGGCGACGUCGCCGGAGUGGCUGCGCAACCUCGUGUCGCCCGAGCUCGGGGUCGUCUUCUUCAACGUCCCCGACAAGAUGGGGCAGUCCGGUGACCCCGCCGCCAACGUGAGACGAGGGCUGGACGAGGCGUGCGUGACACUGCAGCACCUGAGUCAGCUGGGCAUCCAGCCCGAGCCGCUGUUUCGCACCAACAGCCCCACGCUGGAGCCCAUCAUCCUGUUCCAGAAAUUGGGCGUCGGGCGGCUUGAGAUGUACGUGCUCAACCCCGUCAAGGACAGCAAGGAGAUGCAGUUCAUGUUACAGAAGUGGAACGGCAACAGCAAGGCCAAGUCGGGCGUCGUGAUGCCCAACGGCAAGGAGAGUGAGGUGUCGGUGCCGUACCUAACCUCGGUGGCGGUACUGCUGGUGUGGCACCCCGCCAGCCCUACAGAGCGCAUCGUGCGCACGCUCUUUCCCGGCAAUGCCCCGCAAAACAAGAUCCUCGAAGGCCUCGAGAAACUUAAGCACCUGGAGGUUCUCAAGCACCCGGUGGUGACGCAGCGGGACCUCGCAUCUGGUGCCGCGGCCCAAGCGAAGCCCUUCCAGUUGAAGCCGAAGAACAGGACUGACAGCAAGGAGAGCCUCAAGAUGUCCUCUCGGUCCGGAACGGCCAGGGAAGCCAAGAAGGAGCAGACGGCAGCGAUGGUGAGGGUAGAUUCUAAAACGGAGUUGGCUAAAACGUCCAGAGCCGAGAAGACGCAGGCCAUCCCUGCUGCUGUGAAAUCUUCAGCUGCUGGACGGCCCGACACUGGCAACAAGGCCGGCGCUGAGAGAGCCAAGGCUGAGGUGAAGCCCAAGGUGGCCAAGGAGCCAGCAAUCGGUAAGGACAGCAAAGAUAAACUUCAGAAACCUACAAAGAAGGAUAUAAAAAAAGAAGAAUCGAAGGACGACAAGAAGGAUGUGAAGGAUACAAAGGCAAGCAAGGAAGUAAAAAAAGAUGUUAAGCCAGUGAAAAAGCCUGAGCUGAAGGCCUCUGCGAGUGACACCAAGAAGCCCAUUGGCAAGACGACCGCGCCGCGUAAGGACAGCGCCGACAUGAAGAAGCCAGUUGCCUUAGCUGCGAAAGCCACAGAGGCGAAGAAAACUAAAGUGCAGAUAAAACCUGCGAAGCCAAAAGGGAAAGCUGAUCAGAUUGUCACUGCCGCGAAGGAGCAAACUCCGAUCUCUUCGCCGGAAGAUCUCACCAAAGAUUUUGAUGAGGUGAAAAAGGAUGGUGUCGAAUUCAAACAGUCGACGGAAGAGAUCAUCCCAAGCCCGCAGGAGGAAGUGCUUGUUGUGUCGCAGAAAACGGACAACGUUGGGAUGUCCUUGGUCUCCCCUGAUGAGGGAAUCACCACCACGGAUGCCGAACCGUCUCCUCACGAAGAGGAAACGCCUUGUCACCGGGAAAACUCUGCACACCUGGAGGGAGAGGAGUAUGACGUUGGAGGUAAAUGUCACAUGGAUGCGAAUGGCGGAAGAGAAUUGGCGUACCAGGGCGGGAAUAACGUCCACGAGGCACCUGCCGUUACAAAAGCGGAGUCUGCUGACAGUGAUUUGGCGGAUGAUGACGAAAUGCUAAGGGAGGAUGAGAGAAGUGAUGAUGAUGGAGAAAUGGUGGAGGAACCAGAAACUGCUGAAGCUUCUCCUGUUGGGAGUCCAAAAACUGGUGGAGCCGUUUUUGCGAGCUCACGUGCAGAGUUUGAUCCUGAUGUUCAAAACAAGUCAUUCCCCCCCGUUUCGUCAAUGUUGGAUGGCGAUGGCCUUGAUAAAAACGUGCUGCAAUUUCACCAGUCGGAUAAUAAAGAUUGGGCUCCUUCUGAGCACAAUUCCCAGCAUUUCCAGCAAUUGGAUAAUGAAAAAGGUGCCUCGCCCCACCACCACACUGCUUCUGAUGUACCUUCCCAAAGUCAGGAUGGUGGAAGUCCAGCGGUGGAAAGCCCUGAACAUAUCCGGGGAGAAGUGAACGUGGACACAUUCACCACUUCGAGCGACAUACCUCUCGACAAGACUCCAGCCAGCGACCGCAGUGUAAAGUUUGACCUGACGCCAAUGGAAAUUUCCCAGAAAGGAGGGCUUCUCAGUAAUUUAGACGACACCCUCCCUGCACUGUACGAACUUCCGUCUAUUGGCAGCAACAUAUUCGGAGGUGGAGUAGAGGAGACCAGGUCCUUGUCGUCUACGCCGCUGAGCGCAGGAAACACUCCGUACACGCAGUCACCGCUGGUGGAGGAUUCCUUGCUGGUCGAGGGCUCCAACAAGGUCACCAGUGUCCCUGCGCUGCCAAAGUCGCCUCACAAACUCUUCCCGGAAAUGGCCCUGCACUCAGUCAGCGGCCACGAAGAGGCCUCCGCGGUCAAUCACGGCGAGCGGAGUUCCGACGGGCUCAUCGUCGGCGUGCUCGAGAACGGUUCCACGUUCAAGGAAUAUGAGAAAGACGGCUUUGCGUCGGAGGAGAUCGUGUCGGGCGCAGUAGUGGACGGUGCCAGCCAUAAGGUUGCAACAAAGUUCAAGGAAGCGGUGCCACAGGAGGCGCACUUCUCCCUGAGCCUCUCGGGGAAUCCCUUCGAGGAGGCACGCGCCCCGCUGAUCGAGGUGUCACCGACGCGCGCUGAUGACACGAGCCAGCUGUUCUCGGCGCGCGAGGAAAGCAAGAUGUCCAUCUCCGCCGCCUCCCUCUCGGACCGCUCGGUGACGCCCACCACCGACGAGGCCGCCAUUAUGGCGGCAGUGUCGGCCUCCACGACGUCAUUGGCCACGAGCUCCUUCCUGGACCCUUUCACGGCCGCCACGACGGGCGACGAGGUGUCUCCCUCCCUGCACGCCGAGGUGGGCUCUCCGCACUCCACCGAGGUGGACGAGUCUCUCUCCGUGUCCAUGGAGCAGGUUCCAGCCUCACUGCCAGACCCUGAACAGUCUCACCGCGAUCCAUCGGACCCACGGCCCAUGUCCAUCUCCCCCCCUGAGAUGUCGCCGCGCCCCUCCACCCUGGCUGAGCCACGGGGUGCCCUCGCCUCCAUCGCCUCCAUCGCCUCCAACGGCCCCACCGAGGUGGACUUCAGCCCCUUCGACGUCGACGUCAUCACUCCGCAGUCGCAGUUUUUCCAGGGUAACAGCCCGAGCCCGUCGAGCUCUGCCACACCGUCGCCUGUGAGGGUCAUGUGCUCCAUGGCCGAGGGCCUGAGCGAAGCGCCGCACCGCGAUGCUGAGGCCGACAUGGAGGAGAAUGAAGUGGAUGUAGAGGAGGAGGCGGCGCCACCAUAUGCCCGUGCGUUCGAUGGUCUUGGAGGCCCUAACAACCACAACGAUGAAGACAACGUGGACGACGACGACGACGAGGAGGAGGAGGAUGUUGAUGAAUCCCCGCACGAUGUGGAUCUCUGCCUGGUGGCGUCUUGCGAGUUCCAGCACCAUCGCGAGGGGCUGCAGCACAGCGGCGUGACGCAGAGCCCUGUGGAUUUCUCAGACGACAGCGAGCACUCGCAGGACAGAGCCAAGCCGGCGGACAGCUUCUACAGGCCGUCGAGCAAUCAGUACAACUCGGGCGGCCUCUCGUUCGGACCGUCCCCGGCCGAGGAAACGCCCCCGACCUCCGCCAGUGAAUCGCUACCGACGCGCAGCGAUUCCGACAUCCCUCCCGGAACAGAGGACUGCACGGCGGAGGCCGCCCAGGACUCUGAGGAUGACUCGGACUGCCUCCCGAGCGACAAGACGUCCUCGGACAAGAGCAACAAGUCGGUUAGGGUCGACGCUCGAAGCAGGAUCGAUGCGUCGCCUUCGGCUUCUGUGGACCCCUUCCCACCGCCCCCGGACCCAAACGUCUGCAUGGCGGACCCCGAAACCCAGGCGGCUGAUUUAGAUAAGCCGUCAAAGAAGGACGGCAAGAGGAAUCCAAAGGCAAGUGCAAAGGGCGCCAAGAAACCAGAUGGUAAAGCGAAACCGAGCGCCGCUCAGCCCAAGGGCGCAGCUGGAAAGGAGAAGCCUACAUCCAAGCCGAACAAAGUAGCUGAAACCAAAAUAACCAAGCAGGACAAAGAAGCCAAGAAUGGAGUGAAUGUCAAUGCUUCCCGGGGCGGUGCUGGACAAACAAAGGCCACUGGAACAGGUGCUGGCAAGCCGGCGGGCCUGCUGGCGUCCUACCCCUCGGGGCCGCCCGUCUACGUCGACCUCGCCUACGUCCCAAACCACUGCAGCGCCAAGACGGCCGAUGUCGAGUUCUUCCGGCGUGUGCGCUCGGCGCACUAUGUGGUGAGCGGAAACGACCUGGCGAGCGAGGAGCCCAGCCGCAGCGUGCUCGACUGCCUGCUGGAGGCCAAAGCCCAGUGGGGGAACAACGCCCUGCAGGUGACGCUGAUCCCGACGCAUGACACGGAGGUGAUGCGCGAGUGGUACCAGGAGAGCCACGCGCGGCUCAAGGAGCUGAGCAUCAUGGUGCUGGCGAGCAGCAGCACAGUCGUCAUGCAGGAAGAAUCGUUCCCCGCCUGCAAGAUUGAGUUCUGAGCCUCGCCCAGCAGCAGAGCGCCGCGCGAUCACCAGACCCCGAUUACCCGUUAACGUCAGGUUCCACCAACGACGUUCCAUGGUGCCCGGCCAUGUGACUGCUGCUCGCUUUGGUGAUGGUAAACGAUCGUGCCGAAGGUGACGAUAAGGCAAUGGUAAGAUGAUGAUGAUGAUGGUGGUUUUAAUGCCACGGCUGGACCAAUGGUCUAUAAAGAACCCGACCUGUCAGUGCCCACUUAAGUCACUUACCCAGCAGCAGCCAGAGCAGCCUGAGUGUCGAGUAGUUGGGUGGGCAGCAGUAGACCCAGAUGUGAUGUAAGGAAUUCAAACGGAGGUUCAGGAUUAGGGUCCCGGACGGUCGUAAUCUAGGCCUGGUGGUCGCACCGCACAGCUGUGGCAGCUUCUUGGCCCAGCGAGACAGGGCUUGCAUCGAUAUGAUAUACACGCAUUUUUUCGUGAUUGUUUGCGUUUUUAUUUUUAACAAUUAUUUCAUUAAAGUGUUGUAGCCCAAGGACAUUUUUUUUUUCCUGGCAAGCAUCAGAAUUGUGAGUGAUUUAAAUGAUGGGGCAGAGAGUGAGGAGAUGGACAGGGACGAUGGAAGUGGUAAAAAAAUUAUGUGUGCUCGCUUUUUUGAAAUGAACAAAUUUGAAAAUGAGUUACGCAAAUUGGUCAGUUGGGGAUUGGGAACUCUGACCGUCCCUUACACUGAAUGCAGGCAACAUCUGCUUGCCUCUAAACUUGACGUAAUUUUGACAGCUCCCCCUUGUAAAAACAAAAAAAAGGUGUAAAGUUAAUAAAUAUGAAGUGCAACUUAGGAGGACCAAACUUGAAUACAUUUUUUUAUGCAGAAAAGCAAAAAUAAGUCUGGCAAUGUUAUUAUUUUUUUGCAAACUGGCUGUUGCCAGUUGUGAACAAGACGAAAGCGUAAACAUAACUACAAUCAUAUUGUUGAGCAUUUAUGCCAUAUGCCACCUCUCUAAUUAAUUAUCCUUAAGUAAUUCUACUUGGGUAAGUCUGGCUUUUUGGUAAGGUGCCAGAGAGAGAAUGAUAUGCUUUUGCACACAUACAUUUUGUUUUUGCAGAGUGGUCAAGUGAACGGUUUGCUUAAAAGCAAUUCUCCUCUUUGAUUCAGAAACGUGGCUUUUGUCAGUUGCUAAUGUCGCCUUCUCAAACAAGGUAAUAACUUUUUGUAUUCUUCACUUGCUGUCAAGUGUGCUUCGGCCAUGUGGUGUCCGUGCUCAUUUAUACCGGAGUUUGUGGUCACUCGAAACGGGUGUUGGGAGAUUUCAAGACACUAAAUGGGUUGAUUUAGGAUAUACCUAAUCACUUUGGAAACUGUUAAAUGUGCACUAAAGUACAUUGCAGCUUGAUAGUUACUUUACAGUUUGCUUAGGCAUAUUGCCUGUGAUGCAGUGUUCGCAAGGGUAUGUUUUCAUUUGUUAUUGUUUUGUAAUACCUUUGUGUGGUUAGAGAUGUUUUGUAUAGUUUUGUUUAAGGCACAUUGGUUUUUCUACGGUUGAGAAACUUUGAAGUAAAUGAAGGAUUUGGAGACUCAAAGUAUUUUUUUUGCUCUGCGAUGUUGAUGCUGAUGAGGCCGGAGUGACCAUUUCUGGAUUUCAGUGUUUUUCAAACAAAGCCAUGUCUUGGCUGAGAGAAAAUCUUUAAUAUUUAUCAGGAUCGAAAUCUUUAUUUAUUCUGGAAAAAAUACGACGAGCUAUGAAGCUCUUUUUCACAGAUGGUCCAGUGGAAAUUUAUAGCAGCCAAAUAAUCUAAAUGCAUGUUUCUAAAUGUGGGGGCAAAAACCGGAGGACUCGGAGAAAAAAACCACACGGCCACUGGGAGAACACGCAAACUCCAAAUAUACAACAGGCGCCAGGGUCGGGAUCGAACCCCUGACCUCCAUACCAGGCGAGGAAGAUAAGGCUGCAGACGAAAACUUAUCGAAGCAUAAUUUGAAAGUAAUGCGAAUUCGGAAUAUUCUUCUGCGCUGUAUAUUUACAAAAAAAAAAGUAAAUUAUACUUGCCUCUGAAAAAGAGCGAGACUCAAAACAUAUUGCUGUCCGUGCCAUACUCGGUGAGAUGGAUUCAACGCUGAAAUCCUUUAAAUGGGCUCACAUGCUUUAUUCAGUUGAAAAUUAAAUGCUCAGAACGGGUUCAUUUAGUCAUCACCUUUUCAUAGUUAAAUUUAACACUACAUUUUUUGCCAUUAGUUCUUAACAUCCGUAGAAUAAUUGCAACAUACUUAAUAUAAAAAAUAACUGUCAUGCUUAAGCUAUAAAUGUUACUCGUAAUGGAAAUAAAUUGUUGCUGCUUCAGUAACUUCAGUAAAAUUAAAACUGUGGAGAAUCAUUUGUCAGGAAAAAGUCAAUACUUUGGCUGACAUGAUACCAGUUCUUGCCAAAGGACUUAUUAUGAGAAUAAACAUUUGCAUAUUCCCUGUGCAUUUGAAAUAACUUUCUCCCAUCUAUUGAUAAGAUUUGUGUGCACGUGUAGCUGCGUGUGUAGCUGCGUGUGUAGCAGUGGAACACAUGUUAUAAGCGUUUAUUGGAAUAUGGGGUAGAGAACGGGGCUGGCUACAAAUUCAAAUUCCCCCCUCAUUGUUCGUCGGACCUGGUGAAGGCUCACACAGGUUCACCACCCGUUUAACGGUGAAGACUUUGGGGGGGGGGGAUGAUUGCAGUCGAUGUGUAAUAUUUGAGACAUGAGCUGUGACGCUUGAGCAUCGGCUUACGCUUUUGGAAAUUGUCAAAAUAGUGCGUGACUUCUAUUUGACAUGAGAUGACGCUUUUGCGAAUCUCGCAAUGUGCAGUUGCCCCCCCCCCCACUGCAUGCACAUGGCAGGCUCAGCGGAGUUCAUCUCGGCACGAGGGAAUCGUGAUGCCUAGACACUGUGCUUGGAGGCGAUCGUGAUGCCUAGACACCAUGCUUGGAGGCAAUCGUGAUGCCUAGACACUGUGCUUGGAGGCAAUCGCAGUGCCUAGACACCAUGCUUGGAGGCGAUCGUGAUGCCUAGACACUGUGCUUGGAGGCAAUUGUGAUGCCUAGACACUGUGCUUGGAGGCAAUCGCAGUGCCUAGACACCAUGCUUGGAGGCGAUCGUGAUGCCUAGACACCAUGCUUGGAGGCAAUCGUAAUGCCUAGACACUGUGCUUGGAGGCAAUCGCAGUGCCUAGACACCAUGCUUGGAGGCAAUCGUGAUGCCUAGACACUGUGCUUGGAGGCAAUCGUGAUGCCUAGACACCAUGCUUGGAGGCGAUCGUGAUGCCUAGACACCAUGCUUGGAGGCAAUCGUGAUGCCUAGACACCAUGCUUGGAGGCAAUCGCAGUGCUUAGACACUGUGCUUGGAGCCUCGCUGCAAGCACCAUGUGACAUGCGUAGGAGUGCAGCUGACAUUUACUAAUGUCGCAAACUCACACUACACACGUAAAUUAUAUUCAAACGUACAUCAGCAAAGUUAAGAAUGUUUCACGAGAAAGUUGCCUUUCGGCUGGACGGCAUGUGAAUUUGUCGUAACCAAAAUAUGUUUUCAUACAAUGCAGAUCAAAUAGAGAGUAGAUAUUUGAAGUCGUCGUCCGGGCUGACGAGCUGCUGAAGUGAUGCUACUCUUCAGCGCCGACGGAAGUAGCACAAAGCAGCGGAGAGAUGUCGUCGUGUUCCGCUGUCACUCCACACGGAUACACUAAGCCGCUGUUAAACCAUCCCGUGUGGGAGCCACCGAAAGUGCGAGGAAUUUCGAAAAGUUAAACGAGUUAGGAAGCGACGGAGCGCAAACAAAGCUGUGAUGCAAUGUGAACAAAACAAAUUGACGUUGCAACAAUAAUGCUGUGACAAUUCCAUCACGGUUUGGGGUCACGUGUUUUCAUUACCAAUGUAACUUUAAUGACGUUUUUGUUCCUUUUACGUAAUGUCUAAACUAAACUGCUUUGGUCAGUCGUGCAUGCUGUAAUGUAUCUUCAUCUUGAAGUCACUCUUGCUAAUACUAUAACAAUGCGGCAUAACGGUAGACUCGGUGCUGCUGUUUUGGUAUGAUGUCGAGUCUUUUACCACUGUAUUUUGUAGGAAGUGCUACUUCCCCCUGCACCCCCUGCCGCGCCCCCCCCCCCCCCCCCCCCCAGUGCUAUAGUUGUGAAGUGCUGUGCAGAAGCGUUCCUAUUUCAACACCUGUUCAGUCUUUGUUACAGUGUAUAACACAGUACUUUUGCCUCUCAAAUAAAUUAUUGCAAAAACGG